AUGCGCCCAGUGUGGCCGGGACCCCCAGACGGAGGAGAACAGUCUAGCACCCUCCCCGCACCCCCCAAUCUAAAUAAAAUCCUCCGACCCGGCCCCAACGAAGGCACAGAGUCAGGCGGAGCACGCGGGCCCAGCCAGGUGUACACGGCCAGAAUUUGCGGGCGUCUGCCGGUUUGGGGGUCCGUACCGGGGGCUGACAAGGCGCACGGGUCUCACGCGGGCGGCGGCGGCCCGGCCGCGGGCGGCGGUGGCCCCGGGGCGGGCGCGGCGGCGGAGGAGAUCAACACCAAGGAGGUGGCGCAGCGCAUCACGGCGGAGCUGAAGCGCUACAGCAUCCCGCAGGCCAUCUUCGCGCAGCGCAUCCUGUGCCGCUCGCAGGGCACGCUCUCCGACCUGCUGCGCAACCCCAAGCCCUGGAGCAAGCUCAAAUCGGGCCGUGAGACCUUCCGCAGGAUGUGGAAGUGGCUGCAGGAGCCCGAGUUCCAGCGCAUGUCGGCGCUGCGCCUGGCAGCCUGCAAGCGGAAGGAGCAGGAGCAGCAGAAAGAGCGCGCGCUGCAGCCCAAAAAGCAGCGCCUGGUGUUCACCGACCUGCAGCGGCGCACUCUCAUCGCCAUCUUCAAGGAGAACAAGCGGCCCUCUAAGGAGAUGCAGGUCACCAUCUCGCAGCAGCUCGGCCUGGAGCUCAACACCGUCAGCAAUUUCUUCAUGAACGCGCGGCGCCGCUGCAUGAACCGCUGGGCCGAGGAGCCCGGAGCUGCCCCCGGGGGCCCCGCCGGCGCUGCCGCCACCUUCUCCAAGGCCUGA